AUGAAUUUGGUAUAUGGUAAAGUUGAAUCUGUAUUUGAAGAGGCAGGGAAAUUGGCAAGGGUUGAGGUGGUGGUGGUUCUGAAGGAAUCAAUGAGGCCUAGCUUUUACAUUAAGGAAUUUUAUCAAAGAGUUGGAAUUACUGAAGUCGUCUGUGUGCGUCUGUACCGGGCAGUGACAAGUGCAUAUUACAGGGGUGCAGUGGGAGCAAUGCUGGUUUAUGACAUGACCAAGCACCAAUCCUUCGAUCAUAUAGCAAGGUGGUUAGAGGAGUUGCGAGGCCAUGCUGAUAAGAACAUUGUGAUCAUGCUUGUGGGUAACAAAUCUGACCUGGGGUCUCAACGAACUGUGACCACAGAAGAUGCAAAAGAAUAUGCUGAGAGAGAGAACCUUUUCUUUAUGGAAACGUCAGCCCUUGAGGCAACUAAUGUUGAAACAGCAUUUGUUACUGUCCUGACUGAGAUCUACCGCAUCGUGAGCAAGAAGUCUUUGGUUGCCAACGAGGAAGCCGAAGGAAAUUCAGCCCUUCUCAAGGGAACUCAGAUUGCUGUACCUGUACGGGAUCCUAGUCCAGGAGGUAGCAAGUUUAGCUGCUGCAUGUCCUCGUAG